AUGCCGCAGCCAUUUCGCAUCUUUGGGCUAAUGAUGAUGGUCUACCCAGAAUCUCAAGGCUUGCAAGGUGAUGAUGACAAUGAUGGUGGUGAUGAUGACAGUGAAGUAUCAGGGAACUGCCAUUCUGACAUUCCUUCACCCUUGUGCAAGAGCAGCCACAGCACAGAUGAAAAUAAGACAGCGGAUCUGGGAGAACCCACAUGUUUCCCUACUCUUGGGGAUUCUUACAUGGUAAAAGAUAAACAGGUGGGGUUGGCCAAGCAUGCGCUGGAGCUUGAGGAGGGAGAUCAAGAGUUUCAGGAACCAUUUUACAAAGACAUGGGAAUGUCUGACAGCUUGGAUGGAGAUGAGCAGCCCAGCCUGAACUACCACCUUCCUGAGCAUCAGAGGUUGCCUGCCCCCCAAAAGGCUGGUACAGCACCAAGUGGCUUCCAUGACUCUUUCCAGCACAGCUCAGGCCAGCACUUGGGGACAGAGGUCGCUGCCACACAGGGCCAUGCCAGUGAACACUAUGUGGGACACCCAGAGAGCACCACGGGAGUGCAGCCCCACGUGCUGCGCGAGGAGGACGGCGAGGACAGAGAGUCCCUGUCGCUGCAGCCAGCCUACGACUUGCUGUGGAAGGACAAUGCCAUGGUCAGGAGAAUGUUUCAGACCUUCCAGAACAACUUGAAGAGACAGGUGUGCAUGGUGGCAAGCCUGCAGGAUCAGCUGAAGACCAGCCAGGCUGAGCGAGAGAGGGAAGUCCAAGAGCUCCAGUCCUUAGUCCAGGAGACUGAGUGUCAUGUUCAGAUAAUGACCCAGCGGGCUCUGAAUGCUGAAACAAACAUGGAGAGGCUGAAGCAGAAGAUCUUUAUUCUCCAAGGACAGCUGGAGAGAUGCAAGCUGGAGAAUGAAAACCUGAGAACAGAUGGGCUGGAAGCAGUGAAGCACAACUUAGACUUCACCAGGCAAAACCUCCACGAGCUCCAAAUGGGCAAAGAUGCCUCCCUCAGGCAGUUUCUCCCUCAGAAAUGCUGCCCAUUGUUACUGAGGUCCUUGAAUCCACCAGAAAAAUUCUCAAAUUUUAAGCAGAGAAAGAUCUAUGAGUGCAGUUCUGUGUGCGUGCCCAGGAGCAAUCGCAAUGGCAGCACUGGUCCCAGCUCGCCAGAGGUGAAACCUGGAGCUGCCCAGUCCCACGUGAGUGCUGCUGCAUGA